GCGAGCGAUGGAUGAGGACAACAUGACGAGGAGCGAGGAGCAGCAGCUGAGUCUGCAGAAGGCGCUGCAGCAGUGCGAGCUGGUCCAGAACAUGAUCGACAUCAGCAUCUCCAACCUGGAGGGGCUCCGCACCAAGUGCGCCGCCUCCAACGACCUCACGCAGAAGGAGAUCCGGACCCUGGAGAGCAAGCUGGUCAAAUACUUCAGCCGGCAGCUGUCCUGCAAGAGGAAGGUGGCCUUGCAGGAGCGCAAUGCCAAGCUGGAGGGCUUCCCCCAGCUCCUGCACUGGUUCCGCAUCGUCAACAUCCGCAAGGAGGUGAUGGAGGAAAUCGCCCCUGGGCAGCUGAGCCUGGAGGAGCUGCUGGACAUGACCGACGACCAGGUCUGUGCGACCGUGGAGAAGUUUGGAGCCAACAGCGAGGAGUGCGCCCGCCUGAACGCCUCCCUCUCCUGCCUCCGCACCGUCCACAAGUCCGGCGGCAGCCUCUCCAAGCAGGAUUGGACCAUCCAGUGGCCCACGACGGAGCCGGGGAAGGAGAACAGCCCCGGGUGCCAGCCGGAGCCGGGGCAGUGGGGCAGGACGCACCUCUCGCAGAGCCCCAAGGUCCAACCCAAGUGCGGGCAGCAUCACUGCCACGCGGGCUCGCCCCACGGACCCAUGUACACCCACGUGGACCGACUGACCGUGGAGGGUCACCCGGGGCUGUGCCCACCCGUGGAGUCCGGCCACCGUUCCUUGCCGCCCUCCCCACGGCAGCGACACGCCGCUCACACCCCUCCGCGUACCCCCAACAUCGUGACCACCAUGACGCCGCCGGGCACGCCGCCGGUACGACGGAGGAAUAAAUUGAAGCCCCCCGGGACGCCCCCGCCCUCGUCGCGAAAACUGAUCCAUCUCAUCCCCGGCUUCACCGCACUGCACCGGAGCAAGUCCCACGAGUUCCAGCUGGGGCAUCGCGUGGAUGAGGCUCACACCCCCAAAGUCAAGAAGAAGAACAAGCCCUUGAACCUCAAGAUCCACAACAGCGUGGGAAGCUGUGAGAACAUCCCUGCGCAGCGCUCCCCGCUCCUCUCCGAGCGCUCCCUGCGCUCCUUCUUUGUGGGGUACCCGCCUUUCCUCCCUUCCACCCCUCCUGUCCACACCGAAGCCACCUUCUCAGCAAAUACGCUGUCAGUGCCUCGCUGGUCCCCGCAGAUCCCCCGUCGAGAUCUAGGAAACUCGAUAAAACACAGGUUUUCCACCAAGUACUGGAUGUCUCAGACCUGCACCGUCUGCGGGAAAGGAAUGUUGUUUGGCUUAAAAUGCAAAAACUGCAAGCUCAAGUGCCACAACAAAUGCACCAAAGAGGCCCCUCCGUGUCACCUGCUGAUCAUCCACCGCGGAGGGAGACGAGCCGUUCGGGGCGAGGCAGAUUUGCAUUGCAAACCACUUCCACCCACCCUUCCCCUGCCUCCUUUUCUUUUCAGAUUCCCCACCGCACGGGCAAGGUUAGUCCGGACAGAGUCGGUGCCCUGUGAUAUCAACAACCCCUUGCGGAAACCCCCCAGGUAUUCGGACCUGCACGUCAGCCAGACGCUCCCCAAAACCAACAAACUCAACAAGGACCACAUCCCGGUGCCCUACCAGCCAGACUCCAGCAGCAACCCCUCCUCUACCACCUCCUCCACACCGUCCUCGCCGGCCCCACCGCUGCCGCCCAGCGCGACACCCCCGUCCCCGCUGCACCCCUCCCCGCAGUGCCCACGCCAGCAGAAGCAGUUCAACUUGCCAGCUUCCCAUUACUACAAGUACAAGCAGCAGUUCAUUUUCCCAGACGUGGUGCCCGAGACGCCGACCCGAGCCCCGCAGGUGGUCCUCCACCCCGUCAACUCCAACCCCAUCCUGGAAGGAAACCCAUUGCUUCAAAUUGAAGUGGAGCCCACCUCGGAGAAUGAGGAAGGCACCGAGGAGGCGCAGGAGUCCGAGGACGACUUUGAAGAGAUGAACCUCUCGCUCCUCUCUGCACGCAACUUCCCCCGCAAGGCCAGCCAGACCAGCAUCUUCCUCCAGGAAUGGGACAUCCCCUUCGAGCAGCUGGAGAUCGGCGAGCUCAUCGGCAAGGGCCGCUUCGGGCAGGUCUUUCACGGGCGCUGGCACGGGGAGGUGGCCAUCCGCCUCAUCGACAUCGAGCGGGACAACGAAGACCAGCUGAAGGCCUUCAAGAGGGAGGUGAUGGCGUACCGGCAGACCCGGCACGAGAACGUGGUGCUCUUCAUGGGAGCCUGCAUGAGCCCUCCCCACCUUGCCAUCAUCACCAGCCUGUGUAAAGGACGGACUCUCUACUCGGUGGUGAGAGAUGCCAAAAUCGUCCUGGAUGUCAACAAGACAAGGCAGAUAGCACAAGAAAUUGUGAAGGGAAUGGGCUACCUGCAUGCCAAGGGGAUCCUUCACAAGGACCUCAAGUCAAAAAACGUUUUCUAUGACAACGGGAAGGUGGUGAUCACGGACUUCGGCCUCUUCAGCAUCUCGGGAGUUCUCCAAGCAGGCAGGCGGGAGAACAAACUGCGGAUCCAGAACGGCUGGUUGUGCCACCUCGCCCCGGAGAUCAUCCGCCAGCUCUCGCCAGACACCGAAGAGGACAAGCUGCCCUUCUCCAAGCACUCGGAUGUCUUUGCACUGGGCACGAUCUGGUACGAGCUGCACGCACGGGAAUGGCCCUUCAAGACGCAGCCGGCGGAGGCAAUAAUCUGGCAGGUGGGAAGAGGGAUGAAGCCCAACCUCAGCCAGAUCGGGAUGGGCAAGGAGAUCUCGGACAUCCUCCUCUUCUGCUGGGCCUAUGAGCAAGAGGAGAGACCCACCUUCACCAAGCUCAUGGACAUGCUGGAGAAACUGCCAAAGCGCAACCGUCGCCUUUCCCACCCCGGGCACUUCUGGAAGUCGGCGGAGCUGUGACGGGAGGAGUUAAGGGACGGUGCCUUCCUCCCCCUGCAGUUCUCCUCUUCUUCUCCGCUUCCCACCCUGUGUUACAGAGGAGCAGCGGGCACCACGGGCCGACAGCGGGAUGGGAAUGAGCCUCUUCCCCCGCAGCGUUUCACCCCAUGAAGCCUCUCUGCGAGGGCUGGAGGAACCGAGCCGGCGGCCGAGCCCCGGGAACGCCCGGCUGCGGUGGGAUGGGGACGGCAAGCGGCUCUCUGUGCACAUCGGGUCGGGUCUCGGGCUGGUUCCCCGCCGAGCAGGGGCAACCCAUGAGGCAGACGGCUUCAAUUUAACCCCAGGGCUCCUCUGAUCCCAAUCGGCAUGGUCAGUGCUCAUAAUGCUGGGUUGGGGAGGGGUUGCUUCUUGGUUCUUGGUGGGUUUAUUUAAUUUCCUUUAUUUUUUUUUUUUUUUUAAUGGAAAAAAAAGAAGGAAAUGUUGCUGAUUCAUGAGUUUAGCGCUGGAACCUGCCGGGGCCAGGGAGUGCCGCCGCUAUUAGCUGCCCCCCGUGGGGAAAUGCAUCUGCAGAGCCGGAGCUGGAGGAGUCCUGCUUCCCCCAUGCCUCGGCAGCCCCUUCAUGGGCAGCGCUGACCUUUCACAAGUGGCCUCUCUACCUCCCGGCCAUGCUCACUUACGUUUCCCCCCUGGUGUCUCCGUCUCGGCAGGGCACAUCUCCACAUUCCUGUUAAUUUAGCUGUUUGCCCCGGUGUGUAUCUAAUCAGCGAGCCUUUCCCUCUCACCCUCCCCGGCGCUUCUUUGCUCUUGGCUUUGAUCUUUGCUCCCAAAGGUGCUGCCAAAGCCCCGGGUUUGGGGAUGCUCUGGGACUGGGCAGAGCGGAGCGGCUGGGGUUGGGGUCCUUCCCCUCUCCCGUUGCCUUCCCCGGGCCCAGUGCCGGAGCCGGGGAUGCAGACAGGCUCUGGUUGUACAGAGCAUCUCCCUUCCCAGCCCCAGCAUGGGAGCUGUGGACAUCUCGACUGAACAAACAGCCAUGCCCAGGACCGUUUUUCCUUGCAUAUUCAUCUUCCGUCAACCAAAUCCCAGACCUCA